AUGCCGAUCCGAUUGAUUGUUGCGGAGUCUGUCCGCGCCACCCCGGGGCACCGCACAAUCUCAAACUUCGGCUCCGUAGUCUCCUGGCAGGGGGGCCCCGGCAGCGCAAUCUACGUGGGCACAAAAUGGGCUGUAUCCGGUAUCUCAGAGUCUCUACGCGCGGAGCUAGCGCCCUUCGGCAUCAAUGUGAUGGUGAUUGAGCCGGGAUGGUUUCGCACGGGGAUUCUGGGAAAGGGCGUUCCGGUGUAUAGUGAGAAGUCACUUGGGGUUUAUGAGGAUGUGGGGAGGUUGAGGGAGAUGCUGGGAGAGGUGGAUGGGAAGCAGGUGGGCGAUACGGGGAAGGCGUGUAGGGUGGCGGUGGAUGUGUUGACGCGGUGUGGGUGUGGCGAGGGGAAGGAUGUGCCGAUUCGGUUGGUGUUGGGGAGGGAUGCGUUUGAAGUUAUCGGAGAGAAGUGUAGGGCGACGUUGAGGUUGUUGGGGGAGUGGGAGGGCGUGGUUGGAGAUACAGAUUAUGAUUGA